AUGGAUGAUCCUCGGUCGGAUGUAGAUCCUUCGUCGGAUGAAGGUCCUCGGUCGGAUGAAGGUCCUCGGUCGGAUGAAGGUCCUCGGUCUGAUGUGGGUCUUCGGUCAGAUGUAGGUCUUCGGUCUGAUGUAGGUCCUCGGUCAGAUGUAGGUCCUCGGUCGGAUGUAGGUCCUCGGUCGGAUGUAGGUCGCUGGGGCGCGAACUCCAGGCCCGCUGUCACCCCUUCACCAGAACCGGAACCGGAGCCAAGCAGACGUUCUAGGCGCUCUGGCGGCAACUUCUGGACGCGCUGUUGUGGCUGCUGCUCACGUCGAAAUGCAGAUGAUGACUGGGGAUCUGAGCCCUAUGGCAACCGAGGCUCCAGAGGUCGAGGGUCCAGUACUGGGAAUCGCAGACCUGGCUCCCGGGGGCCCCCUGUGAACGCAGCCGGAGAUGGCACCAUCCGAGAUGGCAUGCUGGUGGUCACCGGUGUGAAUUUGCUGAGUUCACGCUCAGACCAGAACCGCCAAGAGCACCACACGGACGAGUUCGAGUAUGAUGAGCUGAUUGUGCGCCGUGGGCAGCCUUUCCACAUAGUUCUCUUCCUGUCUCGGCCCUAUGAGUCCUCUGAUCAUAUUGCUCUGGAGUUGCUCAUCGGCAACAACCCCGAGGUGGGCAAGGGCACUCACGUGAUCAUCCCCGUGGGUAAGGGGAACAACAGAGGCUGGAAGGCCCAGGUGAUCAAGGCCAGUGGGCAGGAUCUGGACCUGCGGGUCCACACAUCCCCCAACUCCAUCAUCGGCAAGUUUCAAUUCACGGUCCGCACACACUCAGAUGCCGGAGAGUUCCAAUUGCCCUUUGAUCCCCACAAUGAGAUCUACAUCCUCUUCAACCCCUGGUGUCCAGAUGACAUCGUGUUUGUGGACCAUGAGGACUGGCGGCAGGAGUAUGUGCUUAAUGAGUCUGGGAGAAUUUAUUAUGGGACUGAAGCACAGAUUGGUGAGCGCACCUGGAACUAUGGCCAGUUUGACCACGGAGUACUAGAUGCCUGUCUAUACAUCCUGGACCGACGGGGAAUGCCAUAUGGGGGCAGAGGCGACCCAGUCAGUGUCUCCCGGGUUAUCUCUGCCAUGGUUAACUCCCUGGAUGACAAUGGAGUCCUGAUUGGGAACUGGUCUGGUGAUUACUCCCGAGGCACCAACCCAUCAGCAUGGGUGGGCAGUGUGGAGAUCCUACUCAGCUACCUACGCACUGGCUAUUCCGUCCCCUAUGGCCAGUGCUGGGUCUUUGCUGGCGUGACCACCACAGUGCUGCGCUGCCUGGGCCUGGCCACUCGGACUGUCACCAACUUCAACUCUGCACACGACACAGACACAUCUCUCACCAUGGACAUCUACUUUGAUGAGAACAUGAAACCACUCGAGCACUUGAACCAUGAUUCUGUCUGGAACUUUCACGUGUGGAAUGACUGCUGGAUGAAGAGGCCCGAUUUGCCCUCAGGCUUUGAUGGAUGGCAAGUGGUGGAUGCUACACCCCAGGAGACCAGUAGUGGCAUCUUCUGCUGUGGACCCUGCUCCGUGCAGUCCAUCAAGAAUGGCCUGGUCUACAUGAAGUAUGACACACCCUUCAUUUUUGCUGAGGUGAACAGUGACAAGGUAUAUUGGCAACGGCAGGAUGAUGGCAGCUUCAAGAUCGUGUAUGUGGAGGAGAAGGCCAUUGGCACGCUCAUCGUCACAAAAGCCACUGGCUCCAACAUGCGGGAGGAUAUCACUCCCCUCUAUAAGCAUCCUGAAGGUUCAGAGGCAGAGCGGAAGGCAGUGGAGACAGCAGCUGCUCAUGGCAGCAAACCCAACGUAUAUGCCACGAGAGACUCAGCUGAGGAUGUGGCCAUGCAAGUGGAGGCCCAGGACGCGGUGACAGGGCAGAAUCUGACAGUCUUUGUGGUGCUGAGCAAUCGCGGUAGCAGCCGCCGCACCGUGAAGCUGCAUCUCUACCUCUCAGUCACCUUCUACACAGGCGUCAGUGGGCCUGUCUUCAAGGAGAGCAAGAAGGAGGUGGUGCUGGCACCAGGGGCUUCGGAACGUGUGGUCAUGCCUGUGGCCUACCAGGAAUACCGGCCCCAUCUUGUGGACCAGGGCGCCAUGCUGCUCAAUGUCUCAGGCCACGUCAAGGAGAGCGGGCAGGUGCUGGCCAAGCAGCAUACAUUCCGUCUGCGUACCCCGGACCUCUCCCUCACGUUAUUGGGAGCAGCAGUGGUUGGCCAGGAGUGCGAAGUACAGAUUGUCUUUAAGAACCCCCUGCCUGUCACCCUCACCAACGUCGUUUUCCGGCUUGAGGGCUCUGGAUUACAGAGACCCAAGAUCCUCAAUGUCGGGAACAUCGGGGGCAAUGAGACAGUGACACUGCGCCAGACGUUUGUUCCUGUACGGCCAGGUCCCCGCCAGCUCAUCGCCAGCUUGGACAGCCCACAGCUCUCCCAGGUGCAUGGUGUCAUCCAGGUGGACGUGGCCCCUGCCUCCUGAGGCAGGAGCUUCUCAGACGCUGGCGGCAACAAUCAUUCAGAGGAAACCAUUCCUGUGGCAUCUUGAGGUGGGGCUUAG